ACCAUGUUUGCAUAACCAACCAUAUACAAGCAAAAUACAUAAAUUGAAUUGUUCCAAAAAAACAUGAAGACUUCAAUCUUGUUUGUGACAGCCUUCUUAGCUUUAGCAUCUUGUGCCUUUGCCUUUGAUCCCAGCCCUUUACAGGACUUUUGUGUGGCUAUCAAUGACACCAAGAAUGGUGUUUUUGUGAAUGGCAAAUUUUGCAAGGAUCCAAAGCUUGCUACACCAAAUGAUUUUUUUUUCUCAGUGAAAGAAGGAAACAUAUCAAAUCCACUGGGUUCAAAAGUGACACCGGUUACAGUUAAUGAUAUACUAGGACUAAACACUUUAGGUAUCUCUCUUGCUCGCAUUGACUUCGCAUCUAGGGGACUAAAUCCUCCACAUACUCACCCUAGAGCCACUGAGAUUCUUAUAGUGUUGGAGGGUACUCUCUAUGUCGGGUUUGUUACUUCUAAUCCAGAAAACCGUCUCAUUACAAAAGUACUGAACAAAGGAGAUGUGUUUGUGUUUCCAAUUGGCCUCAUUCACUUUCAAUUGAAUGUUGGGUAUGGAAAUGCAGUUGCUAUUGCUGGACUUAGCAGCCAAAAUCCUGGUGUAAUCACAAUUGCUAAUGCUGUAUUUGGAUCUAAUCCAAAAAUUUCUUCAGAAGUUCUCACCAAAGCUUUUCAAGUUGACAAUAAUAUAGUGGAUAAUCUUCAAAAACAAUUCUGGGUGGACAACAACUAGAAUUGCAGGCUGUGAUAUGUGCUUGAAUCACUAAAUUUAUUGUUAAAUUUGUUCUUUAUUUUACCCUAUGAUAUUGUUAUAUUUACUAAAAGACUAGAAUAAAAUUAAAUGUAAGGUUGGAUUCUUAUAUUCUUAUCUAAAUCAUUUGAAUAAAAACGUUUAGUUUUAUAGGCUA